UCAUAAAAAUCAUAAGGCGAUGGUGAGUAGGCAAGGCAACAUUCCAUAUGAUGAGGUGAGCUUUGCGAGAUGCACGAGGAGGGAGUUCUAUACAGCGUAACGCCAAGUAUCCUAAUUAUAGUCCAGUAGAGAUACCGGUGUGUGAAGUGUGGAGGUCUGUAUUAUUCUGCAGUCUGCUGAUCUCGUGCAACAAUGUAGCAGUUUCCUGUUUUGCUUCAUGAUACAAUUGUAUCCUCAGUAGCAACAAUAAUUUUGCCCGAACAGUAUAGAAAAUACGAGAACACUAAUCGCACUUUUAUUUUUAUUAUUUUGUUUUACGAUCAAUCUGCGCAUCCCUUCCCUUAUCACUCACCCCAGACAUUCCUUCUUGUGAGUCGGGGCAGGUGUAUGGAUGCGUCGUCCUAACAAGCAAGUGAUGCCGUGAACUGUCCUCUUCUCUUCAAAUAGGCUACCUUACAUUUUUUUUUUACUGGAUAUGUUAUUUAUCUAAAAACCCCGCGGCAUUUAAAGUUUGGUUUCCUGUUGAGGGGGGUCAGAGAUAGAUCCACACCCCUGGGUGUGGAACCAUAGAGUACAGAGAAGAGUACAGGCCAAGUUCCAAUCAACCCAACUGGUGGAUCUAGAUAGGUUGGUCCAGCCCAGGCUCCAGGCUAUGUCUCCCUGGCUGUGGGACAGCUAUUCCAUACUGAGCUGAGAGGGGCCUGCCUGGCUGGGGACUACAGGAACAGACAUGGGGCUGGGACAAUCCAACAAGGCUUCCGUCACCGAUGACACAGAGGAGGUCAAUUUUGACCACUUCCAGAUCCUAAGGGCUAUCGGGAAAGGAAGUUUCGGGAAGGUGUGCAUUGUGCAGAAGAAGGACACAAAGAAAAUGUAUGCCAUGAAGUAUAUGAACAAACUGAAGUGUGUGGAACGGAACGAGGUCCGCAAUGUUUUCAAGGAGAUGCAGAUCAUGCGGAACCUCGAGCAUCCUUUCCUUGUCAACUUCUGGUACUCGUUCCAGGAUGAGGAGGACAUGUUCAUGGUAGUGGAUCUGUUGCUGGGAGGAGACCUGCGCUACCACCUCCAGCAGAACGUUCACUUCUCAGAGAGCACUGUCAAGCUGUACGUCUGUGAGAUCGCCCUGGCGCUUGGCUACCUCCGCAGCAAACGCAUCAUCCACAGAGACAUCAAACCUGACAACAUUCUGUUGGACGAACACGGACAUUGUCACCUGACAGACUUCAACAUCGCUGCCAUCGUCAAAGACGAUCUAAGAGCCACGUCUAUCGCAGGGACCAAACCAUACAUGGCCCCCGAGCUGUUCCAGCCACACGAGGGAAUACACCCUGGCUACUCCUUCUCUGUGGACUGGUGGUCUCUGGGCGUCACUGCAUACGAGCUUCUGCGAGGACAGAGGCCGUACAUCAUGCGCUCCAGCACACCGGCCAAUGACAUCCUCCAGAUGUUCCACAAGGUCAACCCCAGCUACCCCAUAGCCUGGUCUGUGGAGAUGAAGACCAUGCUCAGAAAGUUGCUGUGUAUUGACGUGCACCAGCGUGUGUCCUGCCUGGCUGAGCUACAGGACCUAGACCUGCUGUCUGAUGUCAAAUGGGACGCUGUGCUCAACAAACAGCUGCCCCCCGGCUUCAUCCCCAACAGGCGGAGGCUCAACUGCGACCCCACCUUUGAGCUGGAGGAGAUGAUCCUCGAAUCCAAACCACUGCACAAGAAAAAGAAAAGACUAGCCAGGAAGACCAGAGAGCAGGGCUCCAAUGGGUCCCCCCAGAACGGUCAGCUCCAGCAGCGCCUGAACAAUGUGGAGAGAGACUUCAUCAUCUUCAACAGAGAAAGGUCAAAGAAGGCUGUGGCAGACACAGAGGUAGCAGACCAAACCACGACAGAGAAGAAAAAGGCUAUCGAAGAUGGACAGAACAACAACGUGGACCCGGCAGCCUACAUAUCAGGAUAGCGGACUACGGCUUGAGCCACUCCAUGAAAUGAUGACUUCUUCCUAAAUAUUUGGUCAAAUGAUACAUUUUGUGUAUGGUUUCCUAGAAACAAGGGUGGCUCAACUUACCCCACUCUCCCCUAUGUGCCUUAUACGUUUUAUAUAGCACAUACUGGGUUUUCCCAUGUAGAGAAUGAUCAUCAUGUAGUCAGUUUGUUAUACUGUAACUCGCCGUCCUCUAGUCUAAUAUGUGUUUUGGAAAAUAGCUUUGCCAUUAUUUUGACCCUCUCUGAAAUACAAUUCAAAACGUAUCCAAGGCUUUACCUGUCCCUGGUUAUCAGAUCUACUCCUGGGACCUUUCUAACAACCCUUAUUGGUACAGAUAUUCAAACUAGCAUUAGGUUUUCCAGAAAUGUAUGUAAUUCAAUUACACAAUGAAAGCAGAGUUGUAAAAUGAGUACUGCAUUUUGUUUGUCAUUUGUUGUCUGUUGUUUUGUUGUUUGUUGUCAAGCAGCUGCUGCCUUAAUUUAUUACGUUUCUUUGGGACACCGACCUUUACCACUGCUUGUGCUUUAUUACCGCGCUGCUUUUAAACAGCAGAAACACUGGUGAACGUUUCCUUUUAAAUUCACAGGUGUUAUCUAACUAACUGCUCAUUGUGCGUAUUUAAUACAUAGCCAGAUAAAUGUGGCCUUUCGUGGAUUUGGCCACAGUUGGAGGCAUGGGUUUAAAAAGACUGAAAAACAGAGUUGUAAAAGAGAAAAGAGUUGUAUUAGGCUCCUCCUGUGCAAACUGCCUUGGGGUAUACCACAUAGCACUUAGGGUAGAGCCUGUAUAUUUUUCAGUCGUAUUACCUGGAGCUGUGCCUCUCUAUAUGGUUUCUUAAAGGCCCAGUGCAGUCAAAAACAUGAUUUUUCUGUGUAUAUUUCCACACUAUGAGGUUGGAAUAAUACUGUGAAAUUGUGAAAAUUAUGAUAAGGCCCUUUUAGUGUAAGAGCUGUUUGAAAAGACUGCCUGAAAUGUCAUCCUUUUUUGGUGGGAUGGAGUUUUGGCCUUCCAUGGUGAUGUCACCAUGUGGUAAAUUAGUUAAUAGACCAAUAAGAAAGAUUGUUCCAAACCUCUCUGCCAAUAACAAGUCAUUUUCAGUUUUCCCCUCUCAAUUCAGAACACUCCCAGACAGUCCUAGCUAAAUUCUUGCAUGAGAAAUUGAACUUCGCUAAGAAGCUAUUUUUGUUUCUUUUUGACUAUUUGAAAUGAAAGCAAUCACAGUAAGAUACUUAAUUGUUACCCCAAAAAAGGCUGCAUUGAACCUUUAAGGCUGGGGGUUGUAGUGGUUAUGGUGGGAAUUAAUCCUGUAGUUGUAGGCCUGUCUGGCUCUUCCUAGGGGGGGAAGUCAAAAGCAUAUCAAUCACACUACUGACUCUGAGUGGGAAUCACCAUCUCCUAGAACACCCUCCUGACAUCAGAGAGAGAGAGAGAGAAGUUUGACACCUGCGUGCCCUCCAGAGAGAGAUGAUAGAAGGAGACUUUCUGUACAUAACCUGCAAAAAAUGAGGGUUAGAGAAGCGGGUUUGAAUCCCAUUGUCGACGGGGGAGAAUCUGGCAGGCGUGAGCUGGUAACCGGAGGGUUGCUGUCAUCAAUAUCACAGGUGCCACCUACUGCCGACUCAACCCCCUGCUCAUUGGAUGCUGCCCUCUGCUCCAGCCUCUCCAACCUAAUGUGUGUUUGUGUGUAUCUGUGUGUGUAUAUUGAAGGGGUUGGGUUAAUGCAGAAGACACAUUUCCAUUAACUAAUAAAGUAUAUCAUAAAACAACGUGAUGAGUUAGUCAGAGAAAUACCUCACAGGGUUAAAUGCUAGACCUGUUUUUGAUAAUGUGUGGUGUUGGUUUUCUGAUUAGCCGCAACAGGAGACUAGAGGGAAUACUAUAUAAUUAAUGAUGGCAGAUAAAUAGACAAAUCCAUUUCAAAUCGGUUUCAAACAAGCCUUUCCUCCAUCUCCAUGCUUCGUGUGUGGUUGAUUUUCUAUAACAAACUACAAUGAAACACUGCCACCUAGUGUUUGUUAGUGGUAGUGCUCCGGUGUACUUAAAGGCCCAGUGCAGUCAAAAAUUGGAUUAAUCUGUGUUUUAUAUUUCCACACUAUGAGGUUGGAAUAAUACUGUGAAAUUGUGAAAAUGAUAUUUUAUUGUAAGAGCUGUUUGAAAAGACUGCCUGAAAUUUCAGCCUGUUUUGGUGGGAUGGAGUUUUGGCCUUCCAUGGUGACAUCACCAUGGGGUAAAUUAGUUAAUAGACGAAUAAGAAAGAGAGUUGCAAACCUCUCUGCCAAUAACAGCAAAUGUUCAGUUUUCCCCUCCCCAAACAGACCAAAUACAAUGUCUACAAAUAUCCUUUCACGUUUAUUUAUUUGUCUGUGCUAAUCCAGUAAUGUAUUUAAAAUAAAGUUAAGGAAUUAAACGGG